UUUUAUUUUGCAUGCAUUGCAUUUGCAGCUUGCUUUUCCGGAUUUCCCAAAGACUUGGUGAGAGAACUUUUGAAUAGCCGAUGGUUUGACUCUGGAGUAGUGAGAAGGACGGGUAGACAGCAUGGAGUUGGAAGUGCUUCAUUUCUUCAAGCCGUGCUUGGAUAACCCCUCUGUUUUGCAGAGUAAAGCGUCUGCCCUGCACGUGGCCGUAGAAAGUUGCAGUCCUGCACAGUACAAUGGGUUCCUUUUGAAACGUGAGAUUUGUUAUAAUGUUGGUGUCCGAAGUGCGCUGUCCUCGGAGGACUUGCAGCGUCUCGCGUGGCUACUGGAGUGUACGAAUACCCAGUCAGCGCUCUCCGCUGGGUCUGCGUCUGAAAUUCUUGUGGAAAUCGGACCCAGACUAAAUUUCUGCACGUCCUGGUCGACCAAUGCUGUGUCGGUAUGCAGGGCUGCUGGACUGCAGGCUGUGGAGCGAGUGGAGCAGUCAAUCCGCACCCUCAUUGCUGCCCAGGAUGUCAAUGGACAACCGGCUGCCUUCACAGGGGAUGCGGAGAAGGAGUGUGUUGCACAACUCCACGACCGCAUGACGGAAUGCCGUUACGUAGCACCAUUGACCUCUUUCCGUAUCAAUGUCCGUCCGAGUGAGGUGUACGACAUUGAAAUCAUGGAGAGAGGUAGAGAUGCCCUUGUGGAGGCAAACCAGAGCAUGGGUCUCGCUUUGGACGCGUGGGAUUUAGACUUCUACACAACAAUGUUCCGCGACACUCUGAAGCGCAACCCUACCAGUGUGGAGUGUUUUGACUUGGCUCAAUCUAACAGCGAGCAUUCGCGCCACUGGUUCUUCAAGGGACGCAUGGUGAUCGACGGCAAAGAGCAGCCACAGUCGCUGCUCAAGAUGGUCAUGUCCACGCAGGAUUCAGCAGCCUGUGAUAACCAGGUGAUUGCGUUUGCCGACGACAGCAGUGCUAUCAAGGGUGGUACUUACCGCGCACUGUGUUCCUCCGACCCGACGCGGCCAAGCCAAGUGAAAGCAGUGGACAUUGACCAGCACAUCACGUUCACAGCCGAGACUCACAAUUUCCCCACGGGUGUUGCACCAUUUUCUGGAGCUACAACAGGAACUGGAGGUCGUAUUCGUGACAUGCAUGCCGUGGGCCGCGGCGGGCACUGUAUUGCCGGCACGGCUGGGUACUGCUUUGGCAACCUGUCUAUUCCCGGUUAUGAACUUCCGUGGGAGAACUCUGAUGCCAAGUAUCCCAGCAACUUUGCUCCGCCACUGGAGGUUGCCGUCGAAGCCAGCAACGGUGCUUCCGACUACGGCAACAAGUUUGGCGAGCCCGUGAUCUGCGGCUUUGCCCGCUCGUUUGGCUGUAAGCUAAGCAACGGCGAGCGUCGCGAGUGGGUGAAGCCCAUCAUGUUCAGCGGCGGUAUCGGAUCCAUGUGUGCCAGUCAUACCAAGAAAGCUCACCCGGAAGUGGGCAUGCUGGUGGCCAAGAUCGGUGGCCCAGUUUAUCGCAUCGGUGUCGGCGGCGGUGCUGCGUCAUCAGUUGAGGUGCAGGGCACGCAAGCUAGCGACCUCGACUUUGGUGCCGUGCAGCGUGGCGACGCUGAAAUGGAGCAGAAGCUGCAGAGAGCCAUCCGUGGCUGCAUUGAGCUGGGCGAGAACAACCCGAUAUGCAGCAUCCAUGACCAGGGAGCUGGAGGAAAUGGCAACGUGCUGAAGGAGAUCGUCGAGCCAUUGGGCGCGGUGAUCAGAGCGGAGAACUUUGAGCUGGGAGAUCCGACAAUCUCCAUGAUGGAGCUGUGGGGAGCCGAGUACCAGGAGAGUGACGCUCUGUUGGUGCAGCCACAGCAUCGCGAGGUCCUGGAGAAGAUCUGUGCGCGUGAGAAGGUGUCCGUAUCCUUUGUUGGUGAAGUGACGGGCAAUGGUCGUAUCGAGUUGGUGCAUACCACAGAUGCCGCUGAAGAUGGUGCCAAGCGAAAGACCACAUCACCCGUCGACCUCCCACUCGACGUUGUCUUGGGUGAUGUGCCGCGCAAGACGUUCACCUCUGAUCGUUGCACGCAACACUUUGAGCCCUUCCAUCUUCCAGCAGGUGUCUCGCUCGCAGAUGCGCUUGAUCGAGUUUUGCGUCUGCCAUCGGUUGCCAGCAAGCGUUAUCUUACCAACAAGGUUGACCGCAGUGUAACAGGUCUUAUUGCACAGCAGCAGUGCGUGGGCCCGUUGCACACGCCACUCGCCGAUGUAGCCGUCGUGGCCCUGUCUCACUUCUCCAGCCAGGGAGCAGCCACGGCUGUGGGUGAGCAGCCGGUCAAGAUGAUCGUCAACCCGGCGGCCGGUGCACGCAUGGCCGUCGCGGAGGCGCUCACCAACCUAAUGUUUGCAAAGGUGAAUCUCGCCGAGGUGAAGUGCAGUGCCAACUGGAUGUGGCCGGCCAAGCUGCCCGGUGAGGGUGCCGCCAUGUAUGACGCUUGUCGCGCCAUGUCCGAGGUCAUGUGCAUGCUCGGUGUGGCCGUGGACGGAGGAAAGGACUCGCUGAGCAUGGCUGCUCGCGUACCCGGCGAGGGGGUUGUCAAGGCUCCCGGCGACCUGGUCGUGUCAACUUACGUGUCCUGUGCCGACGUCAACGCCACCAUCACGCCCGACCUGAAGGCCACGGCGGCCGAGUCCACUGUGCUGCUCUGGGUGCACUGCGGUGUGGACUCUGUCCGCCUCGGCGGUAGUGCACUUGCUCAGGUGUACGGCUCCGUCGGCAGUGAAUGUCCAGAUGUGGAUGACGUGGACAGUGUGAAGACCUUGUUCAACCUGGUCCAGAGCCAGCGCUCUCUGAUCUUAGCCGGCCACGAUGUCAGCGACGGAGGUGUCCUUGUCACCAUCUUGGAGAUGGCAUUCGCAGGCAAUGCUGGUGUUGAAAUCAGCGUGUCCGUGCCCAGCUCAGUUGCCAAUCCAACCGAGUACUUGUUCACGGAGGAGAUCGGUGCUGUUUUGCAAGUGCGUGAGUCCGAUGUGGCAGCAAUCUCCUCUGCGUCGGGCGCAUUGAAAGUCGAGCAGAUUGGCUUUGUCGACGCCAACUCGUCCAAGGUGUCUGUGGAGAUUGGCGGUCAAGUGUUGCUGGAUGCGUCUCUCCAUGACCUCCGUGACACAUGGGAGGCCACUAGCUUUGCACUGGAGCGCCGCCAGUGCAACCCUGCAUGCGUAGAGGAGGAGCAGGCCACGCUACGCACUCGUCACGUGCCCCAGUGGAAUAUCUGGCCGGUCAACGCUCCGCUUCCGUUGGCUGUGGAUAGUGUUGCACCGCGUGUGGGUAUCAUUCGUGAAGAAGGCAGCAACGGUGAUCGCGAGAUGGCUGCCGCCUUCAUGAAGGCUGGUUUCGAAGUGCACGACAUCAACUCAAACGAUCUCUGCUGUGGAUCAAUUACGUUGGAGAGCUUCAAUGGUUUGGCGUUUGUCGGUGGAUUCAGCUACGCUGAUGUCCUGGGCUCAGCGCGAGGAUGGGCGGCCACUCUUCGCUACAACUCUCAAGCCAGCUCUCAACUGGCUGCGUUCCGUGCUCGCUCCGAUACGUUCAGUCUUGGUGUUUGCAAUGGCUGUCAGCUGCUCGCCCUCUUGGGCUGGGUUGGUGGUGCGGCCGCAGAACAUGCCACGAAUGGCACCACUGCUGAGCGCUCCAGUACGUUCAAGUUCACGCACAACACGUCAGGCCGGUACGAGUCACGGUUUGUCAAUGUUCGUGUCUUGCCCAGCCCAGCCAUCAUGCUGCGCGGUAUGGAGGGCCAUAGCGCCGGUGUGUGGGUAGCACAUGGCGAGGGACGCUUGGAAUGCGAUCAGCCGUCCCUGGAGCACGUUGUCGCGCAGAACCUGGCACCGCUUCGCUUCGUCAACGACGCAAACAACGACACACAGGUCUACCCUCUCAAUCCGAACGGCUCGCCAUUCGGCAUCACCAGCUUGUGCUCCCCGGACGGGCGCCAUCUUGCUAUGAUGCCUCAUCCAGAGCGUACAAUCAACAAGUGGAGCUGGCCAUUCGCGCCAUCCAGCCCUGACGGCCACUUGGCAUGGCAGCAGAUGUUCAACAAUGCAUUCAGCUGGUGUACUGCAGACUCCUCUUAGAGACUUAGACCACACCGUUGUUUCUUUGUUUCGCGUCCCCCGCGCUCGUGUAUUUCACAGCCGGAGUUCAACAAAAAUGAACAUGGCUGUACUAGCUCACGUACCUGCAGUGGCUGUACGAUGUGUGGGUAAGCUGGGCCACAAGUCACGCAAGCACAGGGUGAGCAGAGGCGUGACCAGAAACUCCGGCUGUACACAAAUACUAUUACAGUACUGUAUUCCUAUAUAUCUGCUUUUAUCUACUCUAUCAGGCGUACGUUACACCUCUAGUCUUGGGUCUAUGUUCCUUCUUUGAAAGAGGUUGAAUGGGAGGUAGCAACUUAUUACAAAAGAUUGAGUAUUGGUACAUGCAUCUGUUUUUUGUCCCGCCUGGGACUCAUCACAAGUCAGUACUUUUGAAGUAACAAAGCAUUGUGAGCAGCCUAGCCGCCGAAUCCAA